AUGGACGUAGUGGCCUUGGGCACCAUUGCGGCGGUGCCCAUUAAAGUUCCUCAGGUCAGCUCCUUGCACAGGUUGGCAGGGCAAGGACCAGCAGCGCUACCUCAGGUCAGGCCAAAGACCCUGAUUCCCGACAGCCUUCCCGUCUCCCCCUGCCGGGAGCGCCCGUCCAAGCAGACGGCGCCCUUCCAGAAGGCGGCCGUGGUCAGCAUCAAGAACCCGGGGCCGGCCCUCCCCAUCUCCAACAACACCGUCGGCCAGCCCGGGGCCGAGCCCGCCGCCCUGCCCUCCUCCCUGAGCGGGGCCGGGGUCGCCUAUGCCAUCAUCUCCACGUCCCCCAGCAAUGCCGCCUCCUCCAUCAAGCCCAGCUCCGCCACCGCCGCCGUCUCCGUGGUCAGCGACAGCAUCAAGGUUCAGCCUCUCCUCAUCAGUGCCGACAACAAAGUCAUCAUCAUUCAGCCUCAAGUUCAGACCCAGCCUGACUGUAAGGCAGAGACACAGAAACCUUCAGAAGAGUCGUCUCAGGGAGCCCAGGCCUCUAAAAAGAAAAAAGAAGCACCUCCUGAGGCCCAGGAGAAUCCUGAGAAAAUUGCCUUCAUGGUAGCAUUAGGCCUGGUCACAGCAGAGCACUUGGAAGAAAUCCAGAGCAAACGCCAGGAAAGGAAAAGGAGGAGUACAGCAAACCCGGCCUACAGCGGCCUCCUGGAGACCGAGAGGAAGCGCCUGGCGUCCAACUACCUGAACAGCCCCCUGUUCCUGUCCAGCAGAGCAAAUGAGGAUCCUUGCUGGAAGAAUGAGAUCCCCCACGAGGAGGUGUGUGUGAUAUGUAAGAGAGGCGCCGACCUGCAGCCUUGUGGCACCUGCCCAGGAGCCUACCACCUCAGCUGCCUCGACCCCCCACUCAAAACUGCACCCAAGGGUGUCUGGGUGUGCCCCAAGUGCCAAGAGAAGGUAUUGAACAAAGAUGAAAACGUUCCCUGGACAGGAAUGCUGGCCAUUGUUCACUCCUACGUCACCCACAAAACAGUCAAAGAAGAGGAGAAGAGAAACCUCUUAAAGAGGGGCAGCGAGCUGAAGAAUGAGCACAGGCAGCUGGAAGAGAAGGAUCGGCUCCUGAGCACCGCUGUGAAGAAAUGCCUGGAGCUCAAGACCAGUCUGCUCGCCCAGCGGAAGGGGGCCCAGUCAUCCCUGGAGCGGCUCCGGGCUCUCCUCCGGUUGAUACAGAAUGAGCAGAUGCUUCAGGUCACCAUGACCACCACUACUGCCUCUGCCUCCUCCCUCCUGGCUGUGCCUUGGAUCAAGCCAGCCUCCACCUCCGCCACAAUGGCCAUGCACACAGCCCUCCAGCAGGCCCAGGGGAACAACUGAGGCCCAGUGAGGAGUGGACCCCAUGGGGUGAGGGGCGCUGGGGAGUGGGCAUCCAGACCAUGAGCCUACACAAAGACCCACCUGUCGCACAUCCCCCUUGGAAGGGGCCAGCUCCUUAGUGGACCUCCGGUCACCUAUGGCUAUUUGCUUCUGUCCUCUGGUCAAGAUGUCAUGAAAAAAGAGAAGGAAGGAAAGGAGGGGAGGAGAAUGAGGGGCAAGAGAGAAAAAAGGGAGAAAAGGAGGGAGCA